AUGGGCGGGGCCGGCUCCGCGGGCCGCCCCGCUAUAUCUGCGCCUGCGCGGCGGCGCGACGGGGCCAGUCCGGACGGAGGAGACAAGAUGGCGCUGCGGGCGAUGCGGGGGAUCGUGAAUGGGGCCGCGCCCGAGCUGCCCGUGCCCACUAGUGGGCCGAUGGCGGGAGCGCGGGAGCAGGUGCUGGCGGUGAGCCGGAACUACCUCUCCCAGCCUCGGCUCACAUACAAGACAGUAUCAGGAGUGAAUGGUCCGCUAGUGAUCUUAGAUCACGUGAAGUUUCCCAGAUAUGCUGAGAUUGUCCACUUGACACUACCAGAUGGCACAAAGAGAAGUGGGCAAGUUUUAGAAGUUAGUGGUUCCAAAGCAGUGGUUCAGGUAUUUGAAGGGACUUCAGGUAUAGAUGCCAAGAAAACAUCCUGUGAGUUUACUGGGGAUAUUCUUCGAACACCAGUCUCUGAGGAUAUGCUUGGUCGGGUAUUUAAUGGAUCAGGAAAACCCAUUGACCGAGGUCCUGUGGUACUGGCUGAAGACUUCCUUGACAUCAUGGGUCAACCAAUCAAUCCUCAGUGUCGAAUCUACCCAGAGGAGAUGAUUCAGACUGGUAUUUCUGCCAUUGAUGGCAUGAAUAGCAUUGCUAGGGGACAGAAAAUUCCCAUCUUCUCUGCUGCUGGCUUACCCCACAAUGAGAUUGCAGCUCAGAUCUGUCGCCAGGCUGGUUUGGUAAAGAAAUCCAAAGAUGUAGUGGAUUACAGUGAGGAGAACUUCGCAAUUGUGUUUGCUGCUAUGGGUGUAAAUAUGGAAACUGCCCGAUUCUUCAAAUCGGACUUUGAAGAAAAUGGCUCAAUGGAUAAUGUCUGCCUCUUUUUGAACCUGGCUAAUGACCCAACUAUCGAGCGAAUUAUCACUCCUCGCCUGGCUCUGACCACAGCUGAGUUUCUGGCUUACCAAUGCGAGAAACACGUACUGGUUAUCCUGACAGAUAUGAGCUCUUACGCUGAAGCACUUCGAGAGGUGUCAGCAGCCAGGGAAGAGGUUCCUGGUCGACGGGGUUUCCCAGGCUACAUGUACACAGACUUAGCCACCAUAUAUGAACGUGCUGGUCGAGUGGAAGGUAGAAACGGCUCUAUCACUCAAAUCCCUAUUCUCACCAUGCCCAACGAUGAUAUCACUCACCCCAUCCCUGACUUGACUGGGUAUAUUACUGAGGGGCAGAUCUACGUGGACAGACAGCUGUACAACAGACAGAUUUACCCGCCCAUUAAUGUGUUGCCAUCACUCUCACGGUUAAUGAAGUCGGCUAUUGGAGAAGGUAUGACGAGGAAGGACCAUGCCGACGUGUCUAACCAGCUGUACGCGUGCUAUGCCAUCGGUAAAGAUGUACAAGCCAUGAAAGCUGUGGUGGGAGAAGAAGCGCUGACCUCGGAUGAUCUCCUUUACUUGGAAUUUCUGCAGAAGUUUGAGAAAAACUUCAUUACUCAGGGUCCUUAUGAAAACCGCACAGUCUAUGAGACUUUGGACAUUGGUUGGCAGCUGCUCCGAAUCUUCCCCAAAGAAAUGCUGAAGAGAAUCCCUCAAAGCACUCUGAGUGAAUUUUACCCUCGAGACUCUGCGAAACACUAGCUACUGCUGCUUCUGUGGUGUGAUCCUCUUGUGAAGUACUGGUUCUGUCCUGAUUCCUUCUGCACUCCUCCAUCCCCACGUUUGUGUGGAGUUUACCUGUCACCCUGUAAUUGAAAACAAACGAUCGGUAACAUUGUGCCAGUGUUGCAAUGUUUUAAACUGCUAACAGACUUUCAACUAUCCCUGUUCAGAAAAAUCUGAUCUCCAGUGCUUUGUUUAAAGUCGGUGCAGGGAUGGAGGUGGCAUUUUCUUACUGAUGUAUGUAUUGUACAUAGUGAAUGACUAGUUGCCUAAUAAUGUCUUGCUGGGUCUUCCAGACCUUACCUCUCAACUCCCUCAAGAUCACUGUUUUGAAGUUCAAAUGCUUUAUUCUCACAUUUAGGGGCAAGGUCUGGUCUGGAAGAAUUCUUUCAGAUGAACCAUCUUCAGCGCAUUCCUGAGCUUCUUGUCUGGGUGUUGGUGUUCCCGUGGGUCUGUCCUCUGCUCUAAUAGGUGGGACAGCUUUGUGCUUUCCUGUGAAAGGAGUAGAUUUGCAAGAGGAGUUUCCUUAAGUACUAUGAGUUGGGAUUCCUAUGGAGCAUCUUUCUGAGUACCACACAGAAUCAUGCAACUUUGCAUGGCUGGCACUCACCUGACAGUGGUGUGAUGUCUUGUCCUGGUGAUCCUCAUGGUUUCCCCGCAGAGAGGUCAAGAGUUCAAGUCAUUAGAAGUGGGACUGGGAAAGAGUUGGGAUACAAGUAAGGGAGAAAAACCCUAUGUCCAGUCUGCUUUCUGAUGUGCUUGCAGUGGUUUAAGUUUCUAAAGAGCCUCCCAGAUCCUGAGUGGGGUGGGGAAGACCUGCUCUUACGUGUGUGGGUAUUUUAAACUUUGUUCUAGUGCAGCCUUUGGUUCCCUGAGCUUUCUGCCCCAGCACUGCCUUCAAGGUGAUCGCGUGCACGAGUGGCGGCAUUUCUUCCUUCCUGCUCCUUCCUGGCGUGAGUCCUGAGCUGUCUCCUGUAUACCUCUGCCGCGUCUGCUCUUAGGUCUCCAUGUUGUGUGCUGCUCCGGUGCUGUAGCACCUUCCCUACUCUGUGCAUUCCUUCUUUCCAGUUUUUCUCUGAGGGGAUUGGGGGGUCCGGCAUGAUUAUAUUUUAAUGUAGAAAAUGUGACAUCUGGAUAUAAAUAAAAAUAAAUGUUAAAUUAAAUGGAAA